AGCCGGCCGGUGCUGCACGAGAAUCCAUCGCAGUGAGUUGAGGAGUAGGUAGCGGCGGCUGUUCAUUCACCAGAACGGUUGCAGUAAUACGGACGGUGAAAAGAAGCAUCCUUGUCGGCUCCCCUUUCACAGUUUAGGACAGAAGAGAAAGUAACCGGAGGUGGGGUGGGGGCCGAGUGUAUCUGAAGCGUUCGGAGUGUUGAUCGAGUUUAUCCGCAGUCUGCGCUUUGGCCUGGAGAUGUCUGUGGUCGGCUUCGACGUGGGUUACCAGAGCUGUUAUGUGGCCGUGGCGAGGGGCGGCGGCAUCGAAACGGUCGCCAACGAAUAUAGCGACAGGAGCACCCCGUCUUGUGUUUCCUUGGGACCUAGAAAUCGUUCAUUUGGAGCUGCUGCCAAAACUCAGAUAGUGUCCAAUGUGAAAAAUACUUUACAAGGAUUUAAAAGGCUCCACGGCAGAGCUUUCUCAGAUCCAUUUGUAAGAGCUGAGCAAUCCAAGCUUGGAUAUGAACUCGUCCAGAUGCCGAGUGGUACCACAGGUGUUAAGGUUUCAUACAUGGAUGAGGAAAGAUGUUUCAGUGUGGAGCAAGUGACAGGAAUGUUACUGACAAAACUGAAGGAAACAGCUGAAACUGCACUGAAGAAACCAGUCUUGGAUUGUGUGAUAUCAGUUCCAUGUUUCUACACAGAUGCUGAGAGAAGGUCUGUAAUGGAUUCUGCACAGAUUGCAGGGCUCAACUGUUUACGGCUAAUUAAUGAAACCACUUCAGUUGCACUCGCUUAUGGGAUAUAUAAACAAGAUCUGCCGGCCCCAGAGGAGAAGCCGAGGAAUGUUGUCUUUAUUGAUUUGGGACACUCCGCAUAUCAGGUUUCAGCCUGUGCAUUCAAUAAGGGAAAACUAAAGGUCCUCGCUACUGCUUUUGAUCCCUAUUUGGGUGGAAAGAACUUCGAUGAGAUUCUAGUCAACCAUUUCUGUGAAGAAUUCAGUAAAAAGUACAAACUAGAUGUUAAGUCAAAGAUUCGAGCCGUAAUGCGGCUAUUCCAGGAAUGUGAAAAGCUGAAGAAACUUAUGAGUGCAAAUGCAUCUGACAUACCAAUGAACAUUGAGUGUUUCAUGAAUGACAUUGAUGUUUCUGGAUCAUUGAACAGGGCCCAGUUUGAAGAAAUGUGCAGCUCGCUUUUGUCCAAAGUGGAGGGUCCUCUUCGCAGUAUUAUGGAACAAACCAAACUGAAGCGAGAAGAUAUACAUGCUGUUGAGAUUGUGGGUGGAGCAACUCGUAUCCCUUCUGUAAAAGAAAGAAUUGCCAAGUUCUUUGGUAAAACACUGAGUACAACUUUAAAUGCAGAUGAGGCUGUCACUCGUGGAUGUGCUUUGCAGUGUGCUAUUCUUUCUCCUGCAUUCAAAGUAAGGGAAUUUUCUAUCACAGACUUAGUUCCAUUCCCAAUUUCCAUGAGGUGGAAUUCCCCUGCAGAUGAAGGACUUGGUGAUUGUGAGGUGUUUCCCAAGAACCAUGCAGCACCGUUUUCCAAAGUUCUCACUUUCUACAGAAAAGAACCCUUUAACCUUGAAGCAAUCUACAGUUGUCUCAAGGAAUUGCCUUAUCCUGACCCCAAAAUUGGUUACUUUACAAUUCAGAAGGUGGUCCCUCAAACUGAUGGGUCCAGUUCUAAAGUGAAAGUGAAAGUGCGGGUUAAUAUUCAUGGUGUCUUCAGCGUAUCCAGUGCCUCAUUGGUGGAAGUGCAGAAAUGUGAAGAGACUGAUGAUAUUCCUAUGGAAACCGAUCAAUCCCAGACUAAUCUGAAAGAAGAGGAGAGCAAGAUGCAAAUUGACCAGCAGGAGGAACCAGCUCAUGGUGAUGGUAAUCUCCCUCCAGGGUCAGCAGAGGGUCAGAAAAAUGAAAUUGAUGAAAUGGAGACUGGCGAAACUGCUUCCAAGGAAGAUAAAAAUAGAGACCAGCCUCCUCAGGCAAAAAAAGCGAAGGUCAAAACGAAGACUGUGGACCUACCCAUAGAGAGUAAUCUGCAAUGGCAGUUGGAUCAGCAGCUGCUGAACCUAUUCAUUGAAACUGAGGGUAAAAUGAUUAUGCAAGAUAAGCUUGAAAAAGAAAGAAAUGAUGCAAAGAAUGCCUUGGAGGAAUAUGUGUAUGAAAGUAGAGACAAACUCUGUGGAAUCUAUGAAAAGUUUGUCAGUGAAGAGGAACAAAGUAAAUUAAGCAUCCUGCUAGAAGACACUGAAAACUGGUUGUACGAAGAUGGUGAAGAUCAAGGGAAACAAGUAUAUAUAGAUAAAUUGACUGAGUUAAAGAAAUUUGGUCAACCAAUUCGGGAUCGUUAUCAAGAGUUUGAGGAUCGUCCACGAGCCUUUGAUGAGCUGGGGAGACAGAUGCAACAGUACAUGAAGAUAUUAAAUUCCUAUAGAAAUAAAGAAGAACAAUAUGAUCAUCUGGACCCAGUUGACAUGGAGAAAGUGGGCAAGCAUGUGCAAGAAGCGAUGGAAUGGAUGAACAGUAAGAUGAACUUGCAGAGCAAACAAUCUCUGACACAAGCCCCACUAAUAAAAUGUGCAGAAAUUCGAGCCAAAGUUAAGGAAUUGGUGAACCUUUGUAACCCCAUUGUUAGCAAGCCAAAGCCUAAAGCAGAACCUCCAAAAGAAGAGAAAGAAGCAGAAAAGAAUGGACCAGUGAAUGGGCAAGCAAGUGCUGACACUGAUAUCUCCACACCUAACACUGAGGGUGCCCAGAAAAAUGUAGAACAGCACCAACAACCUCUACCAGAGAUGGACAUUGAGUAAUGGUACAACGGUGAUGUAAAAUUUAAAGUCAUAGACUUCGCAGGGCAGCUUUUUUUCACCUUUUCUGUGGUGAAUGGAGUAACCUGAACCUGGUAUUCUUGAAUCUGUGUGGCAAAUUUGGUAGUUUUUUUAAACCCCUCCUCUAACUUUGCAAUGGGACAGAAAUUAACUAAUACAGCUGGGGCUUGAAUUAAAUGUUUUGUUACAAAAUGUUUUGAUUUUUGUUUGUGACUGUUUCACCAUUAAAGCUGAUUCUUUUGUUUGGUUAGCCCCACCUCCUGUCUCUCCACCCCAAAAGGUGGUGAUUGCUGAUUCUGCUGGAGUCGUUUGUGUACUUUUCUGGCAAGCUUUCUGCUGAUACUUAAAAUGCUGGAUAGCAACAUGCCUACCAACAAUUCACUAACUCACGUUCAGCUCGAGUGUUGUUUAGUUUUUUUUUUGUCUUGUUGGCUUGCUUUGAUUGUUGUUGACAACUGUUGGAAUCAAAGCUACAUUUCCUAUCUUCAAGAAUCCCAAUCUUCAAAGACGCACGUACCAAUUUUUCCCUUUAGAAUGCUACAAUCAGUUUCUACCCAUGCACAUAUUACUUAUCAUACAGCAGUUGUGUUGAAGUCAGAAUUAUAGUUUAGAUCAUCUGUUGAAGGAAGACUGUUUUUGGUUCAGUAUUCUUAAAAAGAAUUGAAUAAAAUGCUACAUUUGGAUGACAAAAGUGCUGUCUGUCCAAAUAUUUGAUAAAUAUUGGUUUAGUUCUCAGGCAGUGUGUAUAUACUAUACUCUGUAGUGUGUAUAUAUACAAUGUUACUGUACAACUUUUCUGUUUUCAUUUACACUUCUCUGAUCCAUGACACUGGUUACUUCUCUAAUUCCUAUAUUAAAUUUAAAUUGUUUGAAUUUACUUGUCUAAGGCAAUUUUUUAUUUUGUAUAAAUAAAGGUUUAGGAGGGGUGGAGAGAGAAACCAAUAAAAUGCUCAGUUGCAUUCAGUAUUGCAAUGCAAUGUUGACUUCUCAAAGAACAGCAACUUCAGAACUGACAGCAUGGUCAGGCUUAUUGCAAUGAGUUAUUCACAAAUAACCACAACUGACUUUAAAAUUCAUUCAAGAGGCAUGUCAAUGAGAUAUCUAUUAACUACCAAGUAUUCUAGAUUGUGAUUCAAGAAAAUCAGAUUGUAAUCUAAUUUGUGUUUUUUUUGCAUAGAUAGUAAUGAGCCUGUUUUGACCCAAGUGGACCAGAAACUAUGUUGAAAAGAACAUGCACAGCACAUUGGCAAGAGUAGUGAUGUUGUAAAGUGGGAAAUACUACUGAUUAUUGCAGUUAAUUUUGGAAAGAAUAGUUUGGUGACCAAUUUGGUGGUUGGGAUCCAUUUUGAGAUCCAUUUACUUAUAUAAGAAAAGUUUAAAUCAAGGAAUAGAGUACACAAAUUGAGCUAAGAUUCCUCAGUGCACUGCAUGGUGAAGAAAUGCUUCCUCCUGCCUGCACCCAAAGCAGUGUAUAAUUACAACUCGGGAAGUUGCAAAUAACUGAAACAUCACCAAAAUCACUAAGCCAAUUAUUUCUUUCUCCCUCCCCCAUGAUUCUACUGUAUUGUUGUUCUGCUUGGAAUGAAGGUUGGCAUUUGUUUUAGUGUCAUUAUGCUUUCAGUUUUUAUAAUGAAAACUGAUUUGAUCAGUUUUUCAUAGAAAAGGAUAAGUCCUCAUGAUAGAGGAAGGAAUGUAAGAAGAGUCGUGCUGUGCAUUGUGAACUAAUGUACGGAAAUGCUAGUCAUGUUAAAAGUGCUCCUUCAUAUGCACUUACAUUUCAACUCUCAACAUCCUUGUAUACCGUACACAAGUUAUCUUACUCAUUGAAUUCUUAGAAACAAAGUACCAUUAUGAUACAAGACCCAGUUCAGAUAUCCCUUUUUAUUUUUGCUCAGAAAUUAGUAAGUCUGUCCAGUUUCCAGUUCUUGUUGCUUAAGUAUUGCAUACUGAUUUAUGAAGCUGCACCUCAAUAUAGCAGGUGGUGGUAAUUUGUUAUAGUAUGAAACUGUAUAAUUUUAAGAACUCUGGUCUUGCAAACACUGUCCAUUGACAUACCAUGUCAAGGCUUAUGGGUUGCUAUUUCCAUUGUAUAUUUGUACUCUUGCUAUUUCACUAAACUGUGUGAAAUAUAAUAAAAGAAAUUGAAUGAAA